CCGAGAAGCUCACUUGGUAAAAAUUCUUUAAAAUUUUCGCUCAAACUUUUAAAAGUGACAAGACAACUUUAUUUUAAAACAUGGAUAUUGAUGAACAGUGUGAAGUUAAAGCUACCCACAAUUUAAGCAAUGGUGUUGAAUAUGUUUCACUCUACGACACGAACUCUCGUGACUCUGGGUUUGAAGACGUUCCCAUGGAAAACCUGGGAGACGAGGAGUUUUUGGAGGAAUUUUCCGAUAUCACCUUCACCGAAUCUGAUAGCUUACCCGCCGAUUUCAGCGACCUUAUCCAGAGACCACUCGCUGCAUCAGGAUCUUCGGUUGAAGACAGCGAAGAUACGGAUAGUCCGUUGAAGAAAAGGCUGUGUCAAAGAACAAACGACGAAUCAAAAUUCACGAUAAGGAAAAAGAAACUUUGGCUACGUAAAUCCAGCAAUGACGACGACCUGGUCCGGAAAACUCAAGAAUUCGGAGUUUGUUCUUCGGAAGAAACCAUUAGAAGUGCCAUUCAGAAGAUGUCAUCUGAGAUGGAUUAUAUCGGUGACUUUAGCAGAGGCUUUUCGUUACCUUUGAGUGAUUCGCGCCAUCAAGACUUAAAAGCCAUCAACUGUAUCACGAUGAGGAAGCUUAUGACCGGCGAAUAUGACGACAAAAUAUCGUCUUUUAAAAUAAUAGAUUGUCGCUAUCCGUAUGAGUACGAUGGUGGACACAUCAGUGGUGCUGUGAACAUAUACACCCACGAACAGUGCGAUAAACUAUUCGAAGAACAACGCUGCAGUGAUAAAGCGAAUAUUUUAGUAUUCCAUUGUGAAUUUUCUGCUGAAAGAGGACCAAACCUGUACAGAUACUUGAGAAGAGAAGACAGAAGGAGGAACGCGAAUAUUUACCCCUAUUUGUGCUAUCCAGAAGUAUACAUCUUGGAAGGUGGCUACAGGAAGUUUUUUAACGACAAUUCCAGUUUGUGCUGUCCAGAAAACUACGUCCAGAUGUUGGAUUCGAGGUUUUCAGAGGACUUGAGGUAUUUCAGGCAGAAAUGCAAGACUUUGGAUUCCGACACUUUUUCUCUCCGAAAGAAAACCCUAAAAAGUAUGCUUAAUGUAAAAAAGCUUACUUUCUAAUGUGAUAUAACUAUUAUUUUGUGAUUGUAAUUCUGUAAGAUAGUGCAAUUGUUGUAUGAAAAUGUGCAAUGUAAUGUAAUAUUUUUCGUGAUUUUUGUAUUUCAUAGGCAGAUAUUUUCCUAUUUAUGUUUGUAUAGAGCUUUAGGAUAAUUUAA